AUGACGUUUUGCAGAAAAACUGAAAGUUGCUCAAGAUUGGUUCAAGGGCGGCAGCGGCUCCAGAGCAGUAGCAGCAUCACCAGAUCCCCGGUGGAGGUGCUCCUACAGGUGUUGUUGCUGGAGCGGCGGAGGUUCAGUUCUCACCGCGGGGUCGGGACCCUCCGGUUCAUGUUAGUCUUUGGAGAUCUCCCUCAUCCCCCUCAGCUUCGGGAAAAUGGCUCAAGCGAAAAAGGAAAAUUCUGUAAACUCUUUAUUGGUGGCUUAAGCUCUGAAUCCAUGGAAGAAAGUCUGAGGAACUACUACAAGCAACGGGGAAACCUUAUAGACUGUGUGUUAAUAAGGCAUCCUGCCAGCCCAAAACCAGGAAGGUUUGGUUUUGUCACAUUUUCAUCCAUGGCUGAGGUGGAUGUUGCCAUGGCUGCCAGACCUCAUUCCAUUGAUGGGAAAAUGGUUGCACCCAAACGUGCUGUCCCAAGAGAGGACUAUGGAAAGCUGGGCGCUCUUGUCACCAUGAAGAAGCUGUUUGUUGGUGGAAUUGAAGAAGAUACUGAAGAGCAUCAUCUUAGAGAUUACUUUGAGAAAUAUGGAAAAAUCAGUGCCAUUGAGAUAAUUACCGAUAGGGAGUCUGGAAAGAAAAGAGGCUUUGGAUUUGUUACUUUUAAUGACCAUGAUCCCACGGAUAAGCUUGUGUUGCAGAAAGGCCGUAGCAUCAAUUGUCAUCAUGCAGAAGUAAGAAAGGCCUUGUCUCGACCUAAAAUGCAGGGAGAUCUGGAGGUGGCAGUUUGGGGGUUAGCCCUGGUUAUGGAGGAGGACGAGGAGGAUACGGUGGUAGAGGAUCUCGAUAUGGCGACCUGGAUGGGGCCUCCAGAGGUGGUUUUGACAGCUGUGGAUGAAGAAAUUAUGGAAGUCAUAAUUACAAUGAUUUGGGAAAUUAUAAGCAGAAAGCUUCUAAGUACGAUUUACUGA